AUGGCGAACCAGAAGCCUUGCAGGUUCUUCAGACAGCCUGGAGGCUGCCGAUUCGGGAGCUCGUGCAAGUUCUCCCACGGCGCAGCUUCACUUCCAGACCCCAACCGCACUCAUCGCCGCCCCACCCCGAACGAAAAUCGCAACCUUUCCAACUCUGAAGUCGAGUUUCGCAACUGGAGGUUCAUGAUCCCCAAGGAGGGCGAUCUACCUGCACCUCUUGGUCCUCAGCUAUCCACUUUCUUCCAAAAGGGCGCUGAACUCGUAGCCUCCGAUGCAGGCAUUCGCCAAGAUGUCAUCUCCCGAUUGGCCUCUUCCGGUGGCCUGGCUCGUGUUCGGGAGCUGGCUGAGCAGGACUAUGCAUCGCUCAACGACAGGAUGAAGCUCCGCAGGUUCCUUGGCUGUCAUGUCCCUUUCUUUCAGAUCAUCACCCAUCCUGAUGUGCUUUCCUCCAUCGUCUUGGAGCAGCCGGUAGGUAACCUGUUCACCUUUGUCUACGGCAUCAACGGCCAAAGAGCUCUUCAGCUCUUCUCCCUCAUUGCUGAUCUCCUCUCCAACGUCUCCGGCGACACAUGGCCCGCCGCAUCGCUCCCCGUGGAGGAAGUUUUUCAACUUACCUUCCAUGUCUUGUCCAAACUGAUUGACAUCAAUGGCGGCGCUCAUAUCAACCCCGAUGUCACCAAGCUUGCGGCAUCGUUCUCCGUCGUGCUCGGUCGAUUCGUCGAAGAGCAUGGCGAGGCAUCGUUCGAGAAGCCACGUGCUUUUCUCGCCAGAAUCGAGCAACGGCUGGGCAUCGGACAGGCGAUUCCACAAUUGGCCGAAAAGACAACAAGCACAGUCAAGCAGACGUCCUUUGGAGUUCCCAUCGACCCCCCUGGCCGCCUUUCGACCAAGGGACCCCGCCACGAUAACGACCAUGAAGAUAUACGAGCUAUCCAGGUGCUGCCUACGUGGCAAGAGGUCAAGUCGUUGAGACAGGAGUACCUACCUGUGAAGGACCCUGGCACGUGGCACAAGUCUGGUAUUCAAGGUCUAUUGGAUAGACACUUCCGUCUGCUUCGCGAAGACACCGUUGGCCAGCUCCGCGAUGCCGUCCACGCCGAAGUUUCACGCAUGGAGGAUCCAAACAACCGUUCCACCCAACACCAAAACGGUCGACAAGGCCUUCGUACUUACACGUACGACGGUGUCAGCGUUGCCGACUUUUCGAUUGACCGCAAAGAUGGACUCCGUUUCCUGGUCUCCUUUCCACAGCCACCGCACGUUCGAUCAAUGAGUGCACAGAAGAGGUCAGAGUGGUGGACCCAGUCCCGCCGCUUGCAGCCAGACGCGCUUGUAUGCUUGUUUGACAAGACUGGACUUCUGCUCUUCUGUUCGGUAGUCUCUGAGCCGGCGAAAGCGAGAGGCACUUCCGAGAGCGCCGAGGCCAAGUCAACCAAGGAAGAACGCCGCAGCCUCUACGCAGACAGCAAAACUGCCUUUGUGGAGCUUUAUCUGGUUGAACAGAGCGACCAACACUUUGAAGACCUUUUGCGUCGCUGCUGGAACUUCCGCCAGAUGUCCUUGGUGGAGUUCCCGGGUGUGCUCUUGCCGGCUUUCCAACCCACCCUUCAGGCUUUACAGCAGAUGUCCGUGGCCGGAGAUGUUCCCUUUUCAGAACUCCUCGCACCGAGCCAGAACGCAGCAGGCAUCGUGCGUAUUCCGCCCCCUGCUUAUGCCCGACGCCCGGGCUUCCACUUCAGCCUUUCCAGUAUCACCAACGGAGUUGGGAAUAUUCAGCUAUCGCCCCAGAAGGACUUCGACGCGAAGGAGCUAGUCCAAAGUUCUUCGCUUGACAACGCACAGGCAAAAGCCGUGGUGGACUCGCUGACACAAAGCUUCGCGCUCAUCCAGGGGCCCCCGGGCACUGGAAAGAGCUAUACGGGCAUCGCUUUGAUUAAAGUCCUCCUCGAUAACCGCAAAGCUACACAACUUGGCCCCAUAGUGUGUGUCUGCUACACCAACCAUGCGCUUGACCAGCUUCUGGAGCAUCUCGUGGUUGCCGGUAUUUCGCGGAUCAUCCGUGUCGGGUCAAGGUCAAAAUCCGAAUUGCUCAAGCCCUUUAUGCUCCGUGAGGUCUCGAAGGGGGUGGAAAAAACCAAAACGGAAAAGUGCGCUGCCUGGGAGGUCGGCAAGCAGCUGGAACAGGACGAGAAGGAGAUCAAGGAGCUCAUCAAUGCUCUCAGCAACGCAGACUCGUGGCAGUCCGUGAAAGAAUAUCUUCAGCAGCACUCUCCCUCCCAACACGAUGAGAUAUUCGGUUCUGACUCCCUCGAUGAGGACGGCUGGACGCUACAGGCAGAGCACCCGAAAGACGCCCUCCUCCGUUGGCUCUGCGGAGGUCCCUCGCUCCCCUCAGGCAAUCAGGAGCGGCCCGUCUCCCUUCUUCGAUCGGCCUCGCUUAUCAAAAUGUCAUCGGGUGAGAGGAAGAAGCUACAUCGCUACUGGAUCAAGCUUCUGCGCGAUAAGAUCCAGCGUAAUUUGGUGCAUGCACUGGGCGAAUACAACGACCGGAGAACCGAGCACCGACGCAACCGCUUGGAAAUGGACCUUCGGUGCCUGCAAGAGGCGCAAAUCAUCGGCAUUACCACCAGUGGGCUUGCUCGUAACCUUGAGAUACUGCGCCGAGUUCGAGCAAAGGUUAUGAUAUGCGAAGAGGCUGGUGAGGUCAUGGAAUCUCACACUCUUACCGCUAUGCUUCCCUCGGUGGAGCACGCAAUCUUCAUCGGAGACCAUGAACAACUGCGACCCCAGAUUCAGCGCUACGAUCUGGGCAGAGAGCAUCCUCAUGGCGAGCGAUACUCGCUGGACGUGUCACUGUUCGAGAGGCUGGUACGCCCGGACGAUGACACGGCAAUCAAGCUACCCUACACGAAGCUCGAGAUGCAGCGUAGAAUGCACCCGAUGAUCUCUCAGCUUGUCCGCGACACACUCUAUCCCGCUCUCCAAGAUGCAUCUUCGACAAGGGACUACCCAAUGGUUCCUGGCAUGAGGGAUCGACUUUUCUGGUUUGACCACCGCGAGUACGAAGCCGGCUCGGACCAAUCUCAAGGCGUUACUACGACGAGCCGCACCAAUGACUUUGAAGUCGAUAUGACGAUGGGCCUGGUGUCGCAUUUGAUGAAACAGGGCACCUAUCAGGCAGAUGACAUUGCCGUGCUCACCCCCUACCUGGGUCAACUACACAAGCUGCGUUCAAGGCUCAGUCAGAUGUGGGAGCUUAUCAUCAAUGAUCGAGAUCUUGACGAGCUCGAGAAAGCGGGAAUAUCCGGGAAGGAAGUCAGCAAGACGUCCGCACUGAAAGCCCUGAAGGUAGCAACUGUCGACAACUUCCAAGGUGAGGAGGCCAAGGUCGUAAUCAUCUCUCUCGUCCGCUCCAAUGAGAUGAACAGUUGCGGCUUCCUCAAGACGUCCAACAGGAUCAACGUCCUCCUUUCACGUGCCCAGCACGGCAUGUUCAUCAUCGGCAAUUCCAGGACGGCAGGCAGCGUGCAGAUGUGGCAGGACGUUCUCGACAUUAUGCGUGCCAGUGGGAACAUUGGCACAUCGUUUGAGCUUCGAUGCCCUCGGCAUCCGGAUACGCUUAUCACUGCUGGAAAGCCCGACAACUUCACCCAAUACUCUCCAGAGGGAGGGUGUGAUUUGAGGCCCAUUAAAGGUUGCGACCAUUCCUGUCCGCGUGUCUGUGGUGUCGAAUGCCCGCAAAAUUGCGAGGUCCCCAUGUUCGAUCCGGAUAGAAAGCUUCCUUGCGGACACUCCAAGGCGGAUUUACCCUGCUGGCAAUCUCAGGACCUCGCAACUGUAACAUGCAAGACCAAGGUUCUACGUACCAUCCCCGGCUGCAACCACGAAGUGAUGCUCCCAUGCCACGUCGACUUCGGAUCCGACAGCUUCAAGUGCCCUGCACGCUGUGGCGAGCUGCUCGCAUGCGGCCAUGCAUGCAAGAGUACAUGCGGUAGAUGCAAGAUCAGGGAGAACGGUGUCAUCGUUCGAGAGGACCAUGGUAUCUGCCAGCAGCUCCGUGCGAAGUCUUCUGCGGCCACUCCCGUUGCGACAAGAUGUGCCACGAGCCGUGUGCUCCUUGUGCCGAGCGGUCUUGUGCUUCCCACUGCCCCCACAGCACCUGCAGCCUCCCUUGCGCUGCACCGUGCGACUGGAUUCCGUGCUCGAAGAGGUUUCUGUCAACUCUGCGCCACCGACGACGUCAAAGACCAGCAGGUCGACUUCAUCGAGAUGCUUACCUACAAGGAAGUGGACCUGGACGAGGACCCGUGUCUUUUCCCUCCGUGCGGCCACAUCAUGACCAUGGCCAAUAUGGACGGGCACAUGGACAUGCACAAGCAUUACGUUACCGCCCCAGAUGGAGCCUUUGUCGGCCUAAAGCCCGCGCCCCCCUUCUCGAACGACGAGCUCAAAGCUUGCCCGACCUGCCGUGGUCCACUCCGCAACAUCUCCAGAUACGGGCGCAUCGUACGCCGCGCGCUGCUGGACGAGUCUACCAAGAAGUUCAUCGUCUGGUCCAAUGCCGAGUAUCUCCAGCUCCAAUCUCGAUUCCAAGACGCGCAUUCGGAGCUCACCAGAACCGCCGACGACAUCGUCAUCAACACCUUGGGACCGGUGGAACUCACGCUCGCCGGCAACCCAUCGGACCUGUUCCAGAAGAUGGAGGAAACCGCCCGUUCCCUCGGGCUCACCGCCCGGUACCGCCCCCUCUUCGCGCUCCGCACCCAGAUCCACGCGCACGUCACCAACGUCCAGCACGAAGAGCAGCCGUUCCGCAAAGUCCACGACUUCUGCCAAGACGCACGGCGGCGCGGACGCGGCGCCGGGGGGCACGGCCACGAGGCAGCCAGCUCCUCCCCCUCCUCCAACCACUCCUCCUUCACCUUCUCCCCCGACGUGCUGCAGACGCGCGCCCUCCUCCUCGCCAGCGCCCUCCUCCUCCGCUGCGACCUCGCGCUCCUCGCCGACCUCGCCGGCACCUGGCGCAACAAGCUACUGCUCCGCACUCCCGCCGACGCCAUCAUCAACAGCGGCGCCGCCCUCGUCGACCUCACCGGCACCCGCCGCGCCUGCGUCGCGCUCCUCCACGACGCCAACGCCGCGCACAGCCCCGCGCAAGCCGUCGAAGCCUUCCUCUUCCACGCGCAAUCCCACGCCAUCGAGCGCCCCUUCCAGAGCGCCAACACCAACGAUCAAUCCCUCCGCGACCAAUCCCUCUCCCACAUCGCCGCCGCCCGCACCCUCGCCGCCGCCCACCCGGGCACGACGGCCGGCCUCGCGUCGGAGCUCGACGCCGUGGAGCGCAUGCUGCGUGACGCGACCUUUUUCACCGUCGUCACGAGCGAGGAGCGCCGCGCGGUGCUGGCGGCCAUGCAGGCCGAGUUCAGGGGCACCGGCCACUGGUAUUACUGCGCCAACGGCCAUCCGUUCACCGUGGGCGAGUGCGGCUUGCCGAUGCAGUUGGCGGUGUGUCCGCAGUGUGGGGAGGCGGCGGGGGGGAGGGGCCACAGGCCGGCGGAGGGGGUGAGGAGGGCGGAGGAUUUGGAGAGGGAGUUGCUUGUGGAGGGGGUGGGGGGGUUGAGGCUUUAA